AUGAAAUUGUUUGAUGUAAAGAAUGACAAAUACCACAUGGGACAUUUAAUUUGGGAUGGUUUAAGGAGUCGGCCAGAUGCCGUUUGUCAGAUAGACGCUGCAACUGGUGAGAGCGAGACCAACGCAUCCACUCUCCGUCGAUCGGUGCAGUUAGCGCGAUGUUUUCGUCGCUUCGGCGUGCAGCCCGGCGACGUCUUGGCGCUGAGUGGGAAAAACCACCUCGACUUGCACAUACCCUUCUACGCUGCACUCAUGAUCGGAAUGCCUGUUGCUGGUGUAGACCCAGAAUUUAAAUAUACUGAAAUAAAAAAUCACUUCAAGAUAUCUUUACCAAAAAUAGCGUUUUGCCAAAAAGAAUGCCUUGAAGAUAACCUACGGGCUAUUAAAGACCUGAACCUGGAUACAAAGUUGAUCUGCUUUGGUGAUGGAGAAUACUCUAUGAAGAGAUUUAUUGAGGAGUAUGACGACGGCGAUGACGUCACUACGUUUGAGCCAUUGGAUUUUGACCUGGACCGAAUUUAUGGCUGGCUCGUCAGCACAGGCGGCACCACAGGAAUGAUAAAGCUGGCAGCCCUCAAACAUAGAACUUUUUUCAAGAAGAUGAGAGAACUAAAGACGAUGUUUCGUUUCUUUCCAAGAGGUGAUGAAGAGGAGAACCAAAACCGCGAGCACAUGCCAGUGCUUCACCUUCCACCAGUGCAGUGGAUAACAUCCUUUUUUGGAGCACUAAGCUCUCCGGCUAUGCGACUAACCAAAGUGAUGACGUCAGCUCCAACCACUACAGAACAUGUUAUUGAUAUAAUUAACAAGUAUAGACCAGUAAUGGCAAUGAUGGGACCUUCUAUGGCUGCGGGCAUAAUCAAGAGUGAAAAGGAAUGCGACCUAACCUGCUUUGCUAAUCUCACGUUAUUGGGCGCUAAAGUCCACAAGGAUAUUUAUUUACAACUAAAGAAACGAUUACGUCCCGAAGUCCCACUUCAUGAUGCCUACGGUCAGACAGAGAACCUAGGUCCAAUUUUGACUCCGAACCCUUCAGGACCCGUUGGUAACUGCGGCAACUGUCCGUUCGAUUGGCAGAAGAAUAUCAAAUUAGUGGAUCCAGAAACGGGUGCUGAGAUCAAGAAACCAUACGUAAAAGGGGAGAUGUGGACCAAACUAACUGGCUUUUCUGAAUACUAUAACAAUCCGGAAGAGACUGCAAAUGCAUUAACAGAAGAUGGCUGGUACAAGACGGGAGACAUACUGUAUAGGGAUGAAGAAGGUAACUACUAUUUUGUGGAACGGAUCAAGAUGCUCAUCAAAUAUCGCAAUUAUCAUGUAGUGCCUCCAGAAGUGGAAGCAGUCAUCUUAGAACACCCUGGAGUACAUUAUGUGUCGGUGACGAGCAUACCUCAUGAAGAAGACGGAGAACAUCCUGUAGCUUGCGUCGUGAAAAAGGACGGAAGCAAUGUGACUGCGCAGGAGAUCAAAGACCUUGUAGCUAGUAAAUUAUCAGACUCACAACAACUAAGAGGUGGGGUGGUGUUUAUAGAUGAAAUACCGUUAACAUCAGUAGGGAAAAUCGCUUACAACAAACUGAAACAAAUUGCGCUGACAGCGCAGAGAGAAUAG